GGAUCGCACUUCCCGCGCGAACUCCCCGAGAAGAAGAAGAAGCUCGCUGUCAACUGUCAACAACACCUCCCGGAUUCGGAGAUCGUUUAGGCCUCUAAUGUCUCACUGCUCGUCUUCUGUCCUUCUUUUCCGGUGACAAGUUCCCGCUUAAGACACUUUGACACCCGGACGAUGACUGAACUCUUCACCCUGGAUAAUUGUGUUUUGUGACAUCGUGAAAAUGUGGCUUGAUAGCGGAAGAAAUGCAGCUGUUCGUCUCUCAAGUCAAGUUGAACAUUCGCGGCUCGUUUGUUUAUAAGGUCAAAUUAUCAUACGGGAUAUUGUGAAGCGAAGUGAACUCACUGUACUGACAGUGCCCCGGAGGACGAUAUUACACAGAAAAGGAAAAAAAAAAAAAAGAAUCACAUUAAACGGAGUGUGAAAAACAGUGAAAUAGGACUAGUUUCUUUCGACUGAAAAGAUGAUGUUGGCUGGAUGGUUGAAAAGAAGGAAUAGCCAGUCGAUGGCAAAACUCUGGCUGAUCCUAAACAUGUUCAGCAUAGGCCUAAGGCCUGUGUGCGGCAACCCAUUCGAAAGUCACCACACAGUGUUCGUCACCCUUCCUGGCCGCGAGGAAGAACAGUCGAUAACCACAACGUCACCUAUAUGGUCGAAUCCUUAUCUCCAAGAUGACGUCGAUGAGGACAGCACUCAACCUCCUGUGGUACACAACGAGUCACCCAGGUCGGCUUUGUUGGGUGUGCCCAAUCAGGAGCGCCAGGUCACUUUCUUAGCGGACGACCGCGAGGCGGCUUCUCGCAUCCACGACCUCAUGACGCCACAGCCGGAGAAAUCGGAAGGGCUGGAACACGACCAGCCUCUCUUUCCGAACACCCGCAAGGGCCCAGCGGUCGUCAGCACGACCGUGCAGAGCCUGCGGACGGCCUUCGAGGGCGCAGAGAAUGCUGGACGCACCGAAAAUUACCAGAUUUCCUCUGGCGUUACAGAGUCGCAGACAGACCAGCUGACGACGAGGGCCAGAUCAGAGCAAGAGCAGGUAGGAUCCCGCCACAGUUCCCUAGGAGGCCUGUACAGGCCAGGUGACUUCUAUCACCACCUGCCAACCCGCCUGCCUCCCAGACCGAGGCCUUCCCAUGACCGACACAAACCAGGGUCUUCGGUGAUCGACAAGGAAAAUCUAUUCCACAACAACAUCUACUCGGGAAGACCACAAGGGAACGGCCUACUGAAGAGGCCCUACUCGAAGAACAUGACCAGAGUUACACAUAUUGAAGCAGAGUGUCAGGAUGACUUCAUGAGGAUCCACGUCAAGUUCAACGGAACUUUCAACGGACUUAUCUAUUCGUCUGGAUACGCCUACGAUGGCGACUGCAUCUACGUGAACGGCUCCGGUAGACCCAUGUACGAUUUCUUCAUCCAGCUCAAUCGGUGUGGAACGCUCAGUGGGAACGAGAAAGGGCGAGAAGACAUCAGAGGAAGGACCCCCACGAAAAACAUGAUGUGGAACACCCUGACGGUGCAGUACAAUGCUCUCAUCGAGGAGGAAUGGGACGAACACUUCAAGGUGACCUGCGAGUACGGAUACGACUUCUGGAAGACCGUCACUUUUCCGUUCCUGGACGUCGAGGUGCAGACGGGCAACCCGGUGGUAUUUACCCUCACGCCCCCAGAGUGUCACAUGGAAAUCCGCUACGGCUACGGAACGGCUGGCACCCGUGUCACAGGACCUGUUCGCGUCGGCGAUCCUCUGACGCUGGUUAUCUACAUGCGGUCAGACUUUGAAGGAUUCGAUAUCGUAGUCAGUGACUGCUACGCCCAUAAUGGGGGAAAUAAAAAGAUAACUCUCAUCGACCACUAUGGGUGCCCCGUGGACGAAAAACUGAUUAGCCACUUCGAGGGUACCUGGACGGCGGAUGAGGUUUACGAGACGCAGGUGUACGCCUUCAUGAAGACCUUCAGAUUCACCGGAUCGCCGGCGCUCUACAUCGAAUGCGAUGUUCGCAUGUGUCACGGAGACUGUCCAACGCAGCCGUGCCACUGGCGCCGAGGGAAGAAGGAGAAAAGGUCGGUGAGUCAAGAGGAAGGGAAAACAAAAGACAAAGAAGGUGGCGUCAACCCUCCUCCGUCCAACGUGUCUGAGUCUCUGAGCUUAUUCCAGUCCAUCCAGGUGGUCAGAGACGAACACUUGGCCUCCAACGCAAAGAGUGAUGACGACCAGGACGUUUGUUUGAAGACUGGAACGGUUUCAGCAUUAGCAGGGAUGGUAGCUGUGGUUCUCGGGAUACUGACCGCAGCCUGUGGUGUCAUGUGCAUCAGACUUCGACGGAUGAAGAAGCAGCAAGAUUCGGGCGCUCCUGGUACCCCAAGGAAACCAACCUUGUCGUACACAUCGAACUACAAAUCUGAUUUCGUCCCACCUAUCAAGCGAAGACUGGAAUAAAAAAAGAAAACGGACUUUCGAGCGAAGACUGGAAUGAAAAAGAAAACGGACUUUCAAGCGAAGACUGGUAUAAAAAUGAAAACUGACUUAAACAGAGAUAUGACAAUCUUAUACGGGCGCCUUAAGGCAAGGCGAUAGCUGGCAUAGGUCCGGCUUAGUCUAAACUAAUCAAAAAAGAGAGGCACGCGUAGAGUUUAGGUAGAAACGUCAGCUUGUCUUCUAAGAAAGAUAGUGUGUGGCUUUUCAUGCCUUAAAAUAAGGUUUAGGUAUUCAUUGUUAUUGUUAUUUAAACCCAAGGCAAUCUUUGUUGAAGUACCACUUUCUGGUAUAUAAUGAGUACAAAUCCACACCCUUCAUUAUAGAAUAGAAUAUGUGACCAAUACCAUCAUCAUCUGUGUCUGCACACAGCUUUGCUAGCCUCAUUUGAAAACAGAUGCGGA